GAUCGUUUCAUGUUACAGGGAGCAGCACCGGGAUCAGGAACGAUGCUUGAUGGACUCCGGCGGAGGCACGCCUCCAGGUCCUCCCCCAGACCCCUUUCCCUCAACUUCAGCACCUUCUCGGCUCCUCCCCCGAGCCCAGACAUGGACAGCAGCAGCGAGCAUCCAAUCAGGAGUGGAUUUCAAUAACCAGACCAGCUGAGCAUCUCCAGCAAACACGCAAGCCCUCCUGAUAACGAUCUCCUGUUGUGAUUUUUCAUGCAUAGCAUCUGUGUUAAUGUGAAGUUCCCCUUUGAAAUAAAUAGUUUCUCUAUUUUAAGUGAUCAAAAAAGCUCAAAUUGUUAAUUUAGGUCCAAACGUGCACUAAAAAUUAAAAUUAGGCUGCAUCUGAGCUGCUGAAACACUCACCAAUAUGGAGACACUCCUAAAGGAGAUGCCCUAGAUUUAAAGAGAGCAGCAAACCAGGCAGACACACGGUUUCAGCUUCACAGCCCUGUCCACCCUUUCAUCAACUAAUAAUGAAAAAGGAAAGCAUCAUCCUUUAACUGCUUCAUGUUGGAAAACUCACAUAUUUAAUCAGGUUGAGAAAUUAAAAAUUUACAUUUUUGUUCCAGAGUUCAGAUGUGAAUUUUCAUCAAACCAUUUCAACAAAUAAUUAACGUAAUCUUCUUGAAAGCCAAAACCUAACACGAUUUUCCAUAAUUGGAACAAAAUUCAAGCAUCAUGGGGUUUUAAGUUGGGAUGCAAAGGAUACAGAUACAGAGAGUAACAACAGUAUUGGUCCAAAGCCACAGAUAAGAUUCUGUUGGUAAAAAGAUAUAAAACUCUGUACUGCCCGACCGGGAAGUAAAUAAUCCGUUUCAGGCGAACUUUAGCAGUUUCUCUUCCUGUUGUGUCUCUACUCUCUUUGUCUUUUUAUGUACAUGUGAUGCAAACAAAAAGACGUCCAAUCACAAGCUUGCUCCUAUCGGGUUAAUUACAAUUGGCAGGAGGUGAACCACAGUCAGGGAUUUGUGUUGUGUGCAUUAAACAUAUUAUAACCUCUUUCUUUUCACAGGACUGCAAACAAUAAAGUCUAUCAUUUUUAAACAUUUAAGACUAUUUAGGAUUUGCUGAAUAUUUAAGACUUUUUGCUUAUGAUAAAAAGUACCAGUAAGAAAAAAAAGAAGACUGUCCCUGUCAAAAUGCAUUUUUAUUCAUAGUUUUUAAAUGUCAAAUGCAUAAUAAAUAAUAUUCAUCGUUAGUUAGUCAGUUUUUAAUCUUUUAAAUAUCAAUUUGUGGACCAUGUAUGGAGAUGUGUGUCAAAUCAUGUUAGAGGGAAGAUACACAGCCCUAGUUUUAAGGCAUAAAGUAUGUUGUGAAGUAUAAGGGAUCUGUCUAAAAUUAAGAUAAAAAUCCCUCCUAUAACUUCAGGACAUUUGAAUUUCCAAACGACAACGUUAUAGUUCUGAGAAAUACUUCCAACCCUGAUAUUAAUCCAAUCUCUGGCUAAUUUUAAUUUGGUUGCUUUUAUUCAACCAGUAAGUUUCUACUAGAGGCGAGAAAGUGUGUGCUAAAAGUAAUAAGAGGAUGUACAAGAACAGUCUUUAACUUUUAUCAAUCUUAAAAAAAGUGACAUGUAGGAAUGAUUCCUGGCUCAACUGUGUCUGCCAUGUUUGCACGCUGCAGUGUUCCUGUCUCCUUCCUUCCUGUUGUGGAGGGACAGGAAAGCCUUCUUUUCUGUCACUGCUUCCUAUCGCCAUUUCAGAGGUGGUCAAUAAACCAAACCACUUCCUCCUCCUCCUCCUCCUUUCAGUCAGUACAGUCACAAGCACAACUGCUUACCCUGCAGUUCCUCUGGCAUCUGGGCUCUGCAUAAAUAUUUGUUUGCUUCAAUGCCCGUAUUGUACUGUCGGAGGCAGAGAGGGAAGAAGAGCUCGUCCCCAGCAGGGUGAGCGCUAUUGUUUUCUGCCGCUCUGAAACCGCAGGCCUUGCAGUGACACUGAUCCUCCUCAAAGCUGGGCUCCGCCCAUCCUGUUCAUACCGGCCCGGCCAUGUCUCACCAUGCACCACUCUGUCCCACUUCUCUUCUCCUGUGUCACCGGCUGCUUAUGCUCUCUUCCCCUCUGGCAUUUUAUUUCUCUUCUUUCCUCUCUGUGUACACCAGUCUGACCUUCUUGUCUUUUCUGCUCAUUUUUCCUCCCUUCAUGUUUACCUCAUGAGGACUUUGCAUCGACUCAAGUUGAUGAGCUCUCCAAGCCUCAGUGAGCUUGCAAAAAGUGAGAAAGGUUCCCCAGAGGACCGAGGGGAAAAGCAGAAGAGGGCAGGAGCCAAUGCCACCUGGAACAGCAUCCACAACGCUGUUAUAGCAGUUUUCCAAAAGAAAGGCCUGGCUGACAAUGAACUCUACACCCUCAACGAAGGCGUGCGGCAUCUUCUGAAGACAGAGCUGGGGUCCUUCUUCACUGAAUAUCUUCAGAACCAGCUGCUGACUAAAGGCAUGGUUAUCCUACGGGACAAAAUCAGGUUCUAUGAAGGUCAGAAGCUGCUCGACUCGCUGGCUGAGACCUGGGACUUCUUUUUCUGCGAUGUUCUCUCCAUGCUGCAGGCCAUCUUUCACCCCGUUCAGGGUAAGGAUCCUUCUGUCAGACAGCUGGCCCUGCUUCAUUUUAGGAACACCAUAGUCCUGAGCGUGAAGCUGGAAGAUGCUCUGUCUCGGCCACGGGCCCGCGUGCCCCCCUCUGUUACACAGAUGCUGCUUAUUCUGCAGGGGGUUCAUGACCUGCAUGGUGUAAAUGAGGAAUACUUGAGAUUGGAGUCUCUGGUUCAGAAAGUGGUCUCCCCAUACCUGGGCACCCAUGGUCUAUAUUCUGGUGAUGAUGAUGACGAGGAUCAUUGCUCUGUUAUGGACAAGCGUUUACCGUGGGGCUGGCCCAAGGAUCAGCAAUCUAAAAACCCUGUGGUACGAUCAAAAAGCUACAACAUCCCUCUGCUGCUCACUCCGGUGGCUGAGUACGACCCCGAUGCCAGCUCGAUUGGUAGCGGAGGAAUCCGCCGCCACUCAGCCUGUGAGAUCAUAUCAUGUCUGGAGGAACCGGGACUGUCCUUCUCUGACCUGACUGCACGGUCUGAAACAGCUGGAACUUCUUCCAACAGGCUGUGUGUCGGCUCUCAAUCUCAAUUCAAUGGUAUUCUACAAGCGGGGGCUGCAGUGAUGGACUUGCCACUGUCUUCUCCCUCCAUCCUUCAUUCCUCUGGAGCUCUUCACGGCACUGAGGCCACAACGACAGUGACUGAUCUGAGUAAGGGGGCCUCCUCCACACCGCCCAGUGAGUGCUCCAGUCCAGAGACCAUAAUAGGACAAAGGCUGGAGUCGACCGACUCGGACUCGGACGGCAUAUUCCUCGAUUUCCCACCUCACUCCUCAGAGGCUGUGGGACGUAUCUGCGACAGCAGGCAGAGCACUGUGUAAAUGCGUUUGCCUUAAGGGAUGCACCCUCCAAAGUGUAUUUCAGAAGGGAAUCCUCUCACGUUAAGUCAAAAACAUUGGUACAAUCUUCCUUACUUUAAACAAGGUAACUAUGAAAAAUCUCUUCCAAGUUAUUUCAAUGGUGGAUUCAUCCUUUUUCAUUUCCCAACACGAUUAGCAGCUGAUAAAAGUGAAACACGACUGGUACUUAGAACGCUGAAAAGGUGUUGCUCAGGAUGGUCUUACAUUUUCACAACAGAAAAUAAUUCAAUCUGCCAUCAACUCAAAUGUACAAGCCAAAGCCUAAGUAAUCCUGCUGAUUUGUUAAUGAACUCCAGUUGCACUGUCUUGAUCAAAUGAGUUUUUAUUCACAGCUAACAAUGUGCCAUGGUGCAUAUGUGUGUAGUGAGCAGCAUUGUUUGCACAAACUUAAAGAUAAGGAAUUUGUUUUUUAAUUUAAUAAUAAGACUUUUGCAUGUGGAAGCCAAAUGUAAGGAGGAGGUGUUCAAAAAAUGAAUGAGCUAAAACAGCUGAAGAGGGAAAGUAUUUCUUGGGCAUAUUAUUCAGCUUCUUUCCAUCUUUAAUUGUAUAAUUUUAAACUAAAAACAUUUCAUAUUCCCUGUUUUUAUGCUUUUUCAUGCCAGCUGUGCUCUGAAUGUCUGUUACAUGGCUUCUUUCCUUAAAAAAUAACAUUUUAUUCCUGCAUUGACUUGGGAGUAGGAGGAAUUCGGUGAUGUUUAUUGUUUACAUUUGACAAAAACAUGAACAUUUCAAUGAAAUGUCUGAUACACUGUAUUUUGCACCACCACUACCAUGUGCAUAAAAGUGCUUCUUUUCUCUUUUAGGACAGUGAGAUAUUGUACAGCAAGCAUUUAACGCAGAAGAAAUUUCAAUAAGGGCUUUGUUAUGGAAUCUUUUUUAAUGAUGUUUUACCUCAAGUGUUUUGUACUUUGCUUUUUUGACAAUCUUUGAUGUUCAUGGAGUUGUACUUUGUAUAAUUUGAUAUACUAGCCCUGUAAAAAAUACAAUUUAGCAAUAUUGACAGAAAUUGGAGAUGUCCUACUUAAAACAACUUAAUAAAAACAGAAUGUUAUUAA